AUGUCGCGCCAUAUGGCUGUUGUUCUUGUUUCGCUCCUGUUGGUGGCUCUCGUUGGCUUUGCUUCCGCGGCUAACUCACCAGCUCCAAGUCCAUCGCCCAAGGGGGCAGCCCCGAAAUCAAGCCCGCCUCAGUCACCAGCAUCCGGGGGCAAAUCUCCCGCGUCUUCGAAAGCACCAGCCCCUGCAGAUGACGACGACGAUGAUACGGCGGAUUCUCCUGAUGCGGACACCCCUGGCUCUGCUCCCGACAGUAGUGAUUCUUCUUCAUCAUCGCCGCCAGCUCCCCCGGGUGAAGACUCUUCUGAUUCUCCCUCGGACGCACCCUCGGACGCACCAUCCGCAGAUGAUGCGGACGCACCUUCACCAUCGGAGGAAAGUAAGGCCGUGGCUUUGAAGGCGUCUUCUGUGGUGGCUGUUGCUCUUGUAGCCGGUUUCUUUGUGGCUUGA